GCGCCCAGGGGUUUGUUUUCUCUUUCUCCCUCCUCCAUUCUCUUCUUUGCCGAGUGCUCAGAAAAGAAACGAUCCCAUCACCUCAUCAUCUCUCUCUGCAGAAACCCUAGCCUACCUAAGAGACACUGCGGCCGGCCGGCAGGAGAGAAACAGAAGAUCCUUUCUUCUUCGAUCCGUAUCCAUCUCAGGCUUCGGUUUCUGCAUCUUCGAUAAUGUCGUCUACAGUCGAACAACCUGUUUCUCCUCAAGUUGUUGGAAAUGCUUUUGUUCAGCAGUACUACCAUAUCCUACACCAAUCGCCGUCACUUGUUCAUCGAUUUUAUCAGGACGUCAGCAGACUCGGUCGUCCGGAGGAUGAUGGAUCCAUGAGCAUUACUACAACUAUGAAGGAUAUUAAUGACAAGAUAUUGUCUCUGAAUUAUGAUGAUUUCAGAGCAGAGAUUAAAUCUAUUGAUGCACAAGAAUCUUUCCAUGGUGGUGUUAAUGUCCUUGUAACUGGUCAAAUGUCUCGUAAGGACAACCUGGUUAGGACUUUUACGCAAACAUUUUUCCUUGCACCGCAAGAGAAAGGCUAUUUCGUCUUGAAUGAUAUGUUUCGCUAUAUUGAGGAUGUCAGUCUUCCGGCUGGAGAUGUUGAGAUUGUUGAGGAUACUACUUUAACUCCUGAGCAAGAUCCUUCUCCUGUACUGGAAAUUGAUCAAGCAGUUGCAGUCCCUGUAGAGGUCAAUGUAGAAAAGAGUGUGGAGGAUGUUGUGGUCAAUGUAGAAACCGCUGUUGUUGAGGAGGUUCCACUUGCUGUGGUUGUUGAGGCUGAAGUUGUUAAAGUAGUACCGGCUGUAGCCCGUGUGGUUGAAGUAGUGCCAGUUGAAACACGCGUGGUUAAAUCUGAAUCUAAAAUAGAGGAUGCGCCAAAGAAAUCUUAUGCGUCAAUUGUUAUGGUCAUGAAGCAAAGUGGAAGGACAGUGUCAUCUACUCCUGCUCCACGUCGAACUGUGCCUAGGAUGCAAGAACAAUCUAAGCCCGUGAUAUCAGCAGCUGAAAUACCCAUUUCAGGAUCAGAAGCUGCUGAAGACUUGAACAAUCAAGAGGGAGAAGCUGAUGGAUACUCAAUCUAUAUAAAGGGACUGCCCAUGAGUGCAACCCCUAUGGUUCUUGAAGAUGAGUUUAAGAAAUUUGGGAUCAUUAAGAGUGGUGGGAUUCAAGUCAGAAGCAACAAAGGUUUCUGUUUUGGGUUUGUGGAAUAUGAGACGGCCGAUUCAGUUCUGAAAGCACUUGAGGCAUCACCUAUUGUGAUUGGUGGACGUCAUGCUGUUGUUGAGGAAAAACGUUCUACCAAUUCCCGAGGAGCAUACAACAGAGGGCGAAUGCAAGGUGGUAUGAGAGGAGUAGGAGGGCCUGGUUUCAGGAACGAUGGUAUGAGAGGAGUAGGAGGACGUGUUGGUAAUUAUGGAGUGAACAAUGGUGGUAUGAGAGGAGGCGGUGGUGGUGGUUAUGUAAGAGGUGGGGAUUUCAACAAUGGCGGGAACAGGGAGUUUGGUAAUAACAAUAAUGGUAAUAAUAGGUUUGGUAAUAGAGGAGGUGGUCAAAACCGUGCUGGCGAUGGAGGUUAUCAUCAAAAUCAAAGAGGAGCAGGAGUGAACCGUGCUCCUCCUCCUAAUGGUAACUUUCAAGGAGGAGCAGCCAAAGAAGCUACUACAGUUCCAAGUGUUUCGGCCUCUGCUUGAGGAAGGAAGGAAAAGGGAAGAAAGACGAAGGAAGGAAGGAAGGAAGGAAGGAAGCGGGGUGAGCGAUUUUGGUGUGUUCUUUUCUUAAUUCUAAUUUUGUUGGUGGUUAUUAUUUGUUAAAUUCAGAUGUAGUAAGAGUAGUGUUGUGGGGGUUGUUGUUUAUUAUUUGUUGCCAUUGCUAUAAAAUAGUGUAGUAGAUUUAUCAGUAGCAGCAUAUAAAAGCUUUUUUUAGAGAC